CAGGUCAGUAUUUAAGUCUAAAACUUUCGUUGUCAACUCGACAGCUGUUUUGAUGUCAGUGGCAGUUGAUUCGUAUUCGUUUGCAUCGUUUACGUUUUUCCUGCUAUAACAACACUCAUAAGUGCAGUGCAAGCGCAGAUAACACCACACAAUGCACAUUAAACUCAGAAUGCGUGCAUAAACGAGCAAGCACUGCUUCCAAUCCAAAUCGCGCGCAGCGAGACAAAAUUCGUCGUAGUUAACCCUAAACAAUGUUCAACAGACUCAAAAAAGUGGUUUCUGGGGCGGUGGAAGGCUUCGAAGAUGCUUGCAAUGUACACAUACAACCGAUGAUUCAAGGCACCAAUCAUCUACCACAUAAACAUGAAUAUUCUCGUCCUGCGUUUCUGCACACAUCAAAUGAGGCUCUAUCAGUUGCUAAGGAUAAGAAAGUCCGGUUGAUUUUGUCAACAAGUGGGGCUCAAAACUCACUGGAGAACAAUGCAGCUUAUGCAGAAUGUAUCAAUGCUGGAAAAUCAACUUAUAAUGAGGAUAUGGCUCAAGUGUAUAAAGGCACACUAAGGUGUGAGAAGUCACAAGGAAAAGAUGACCUACACUAUUCAUACUAUGCAAUAUUUGAUGGGCAUGCUGGGUUUGGAGCUGCCUUGGAUGCCAGCAAACAAUUACAUCAUAUUUUACAUCAAAAAUUAGUAGACGCUCAAGAUUACAUCCUUGCCGCCAUCAACAUUGAAAACACCUCGAAGUACAUCAAUGACCCCAACAAAAAAACCGUCAGCGUACGAGAUUUAAUCAUCGGCUGCUUGGAAACCUCUUUCUGUGAAAUGGACGAAGUGAUCAAGGAAAGUAGGUACAACUAUUACAAUCCAGGCGGGUGCACUGCUCUCGUUGCAUUGAUAAUCUCAGGAGACUUGUACGUCGCCAACGCUGGCGAUUGCCGUGCUGGAAUUGUCAAUGGCGACACUUUUGUUCCAAUGAGCAAUGAUUUUUCUCCAUACUACGAUAAAACCAGAAUCUACGAGACGGCAGCUUCAAAUACCGCGUUGUUAGGCGAUUUUUACACAGUUCGAGAAUUCCUAGAGAAGCCAGGAAAACACGACCUAGGUAAAAAUGUUCUGUACAAAGAUCCUUACAUGUCUGGAUGGUCACUGAAGACACUAACAUCUGAAGACUUACUUUUACCGCUUGUAAUGGGUGUAGGCAGACGUAGUCGAAUAAUGGGCACGAUUGGCGUGGCGAGAGGUUUUGGCGAUUUUGACCUAACCGCAAAUCUUUGUAAACUCCCCAUAAAACCUUUACUUUCCUGUGUACCCGAAGUAAAAGUCCAUUCACUGGCUGAACUGGAAGAUGACGCCGUCUUUGUCAUGGGUAGUGAUGGAAUGUGGGACGCCAUGGACGUAAACGAUGUGCUAGCUGUGUGUAAACAACAACGUGAGAAUCACUCGGUUGAUGCACGCAAUGCGCAUGUUUAUACGGCUUUGUCAUUGGUUGGCAACGCGCGAGGCAAACGCGACAAUGCGUCGGGGAUGUGGCUGCUCAAGAAUCAAUCCACGGCAUCCAUGGAUGACAUAACCGUGUUUGUGGUCCCUUUGGGCGCUGGGAGUAUGAUGCAAAUUGAGGAGAAAAGCGAAGCGAACGGAUCUACAGCUUCGGAUGAGUCAAUGUCGGAUACAACACAUCCGCUGUCGCUCAGUUCUUCCUCGAAUGAGUUGAUUGAUAUUGACGGGCAGGAGGUGACGCCGUUGACGUUGUUGUAAUCUCAAUGAGAUUGGGUCAAAGUUAGGAAAUUUGCUUUUGUUUUCAUCGUAGCUUUUGCAAUUUUCGAUUCCAGUCCAGAAUUUGUUCAAAACUUGGAUUUUUAACUUUUUAUUUCCACCGGUGCUGCAUUUUAAAAAUAUUUCUGCACAAAGUUUUAGUUGAGUUGGUUUAUACCAAUUCAUCUAUGCAGUAAGUAAUUGUACUUAAAAUCAAAUGAAAUUAUUUGCGUUUAACUUUAUUUUUAAUUUUCUAGAAGUGCAAUUUAUUUUAUUUAUCUUUUCAUUUGUGCUACUCAUUAUUGUAUUUAUUCAAAGCUUUUAAAGUUUUAUCCGUCUGUAAAGUGAUAUCAUUCCACAGAGACUUUAAGUAUUACUAUAAAUUUUAUUCCUUUCGAUUUUUUCCUCCUAUUUUAUACUCUUAUCACAUAGAACAAUUAGUAGCGUAGGUUAAUUAUGUACGAUUAGAAAAAUACCUUGUAUAGGAAAACAAAUGACGCGAGCGCCAGCUAAAUCAUGUGCAAAUACAUUAUACCUCAACACACGUUUGAAAAACAAAACAAAAAAAAAAUAAACGUUUAUCUAGAAAACCUAAAACAAAUGAUUUCCCACAGGGGUUUCGUUUGAUUUGAUGACUAAACACGAUAGAUAUUCUUGUAAAUUCGCAAUGUACAUGUUUAAGUACAUAAUAUUUGUAUAUUUUCUAGAAUAAGAUAAACUCGGCGAGAUUAAUGAGAUAACGGUGAAAUAUUUAACGAUGGAACCUUGUAUUUUGAUAAUUCACGCAUGAAAUAUGAAAAUUGACUAACUGUUGUGGUAAACUUCUUCAUUUUAAGCCUGAUCAUUAAAGUAUUUAUUAACGAA